AUGGGCCCCUGUACCGCCUCCUCAUGCUGCUGCCAGGCCCCUAAUCUGCCAUGGGCCCCCGUACCGACUCCUCAUGCUGCUGCCAGGCCCGUAAUCUGUCAUGAGCCCCUGUACCGCCUCCUCAUGCUGCUGCCAGGUCCAGAGUGUGUCAUGGGUCCCUGUACGGCCCCCCAUUGCUGCUGUCUCCAUUGCCACACUCUGCAUGUGCCACUUUCAGGUCUCCUCACACUGCUGGUGGUUUCCAUUUUUGUCAUAGGGUGUGUAUGGCCUCCCAUUGCUGCUGCCUCCACCGCCACACUGUGGCUCCACACUCUGGUUUUGGCCCCGUGACUGCCCAAAUGAGUGAAGUGUGCGGUGAUUCUAAGAUCGACGGCACUCAUCUGCAUGUCAUAUACUGACUGUCAGUAUUAUUUCUCUUCCCCAGCAGCAGACUCCAAGGGCAUUUAAAUUAAAGGUACAGUGUUCUGCACUAAUAUAA